AUGUUACAGAGCGACGGGACAGCAACGAUUAGAACAAGAAAGUUCUUAACGAACCGCCUGCUUCAGAGGAAGCAAAUGGUAAUGUUCACAACUUAAGGAUUUUUCAAAAUUUAGUGAAUGAAUGUAUUUUGGCCAUGACGUGUGUUUGUUUGUGUGUGUUUUUUGAAAUGAAAUGUUAAGUCGUUCCUGCCACAUAACUAGAUGCACAAGUGAUUUAAGGUGCUGCAAUCUAUUCACGGUCGUUUCGUCCAUACGAGCCAUGAGGCCGUCUGAGGGGGGGUUACGUAUAUCCCUAGUCUGAAUUUCAAAACCUGUUGUUUUGUGUAUUAAGGGGGAGCCAUGUUUUGUCUAUCGCUGUCGCAGUUUUAACCCAUCUUUGUGUCAUUUGUCACCAUUUCUGCUGUCCUAUCACGCUGUUUCAAGGUCACAUCGCUUUUUUGGAAUUUUACCCUAGCAGUGCCUCGGUCAUUGUGUUAACAUUUAAUUUACCGAUUUCUUACAAUGUAAGUGACUUGGUAAGAUUUCUGUACAGCCCCAAACGUUUCCUGUUUGCCCAUGUUUCAACAUGAUUUGUGUGAAUAGUAUGAAGUUGGUGCAUGCAUAAUAAGCGUAUUGGGCUGUGUGGAAAUCUUACCCUGAGAGAGCAAAAUAUUUGGCUGUUCAGUUCUUUCUUCACAUUUUUAAGGUGAUAAAUAGACAAACAGGUACCCUUUAUGUGUUGGGGUUCAAUUUUUUCGCUUUUGUUUUGGUUACUGUAUUAUGUGUGAUACUGAGUUUGAAUCAAAGGAAAAUACAAUUUGAGUCUAGGAAAAACUAAAAUCACAACAUAGACAGUAUAUGGCAGCGUUCCAACCAGUUAAUUUUAGUGUGUUUUAAACAUAAUAAUGCUUUUGCUGUUACACUGCAGUGUGGAAUUUGGAGACCAUUCUUUCUCCAUUGUUUGAACAUGAAAAGAAAUGUUUCAAGUCUUGGCUCUAAUCUUCCUUUUACUAUUAAACUGUUAUGUUGGUAGGUAGUAGAUGUCCUUCACCCUGGACGACCCAAUGUUUCUAAGGCUGAUAUCCGGGAGAAGCUGGCUAAGGUCUACAAAACCACUGCUGAUGUAAUUAUUUGCUAUGGAUUCAAAACUGCUUAUGGUGGUGGAAGAAGUACUGGCUUUGCACUGAUAUAUGACUCCCUGGAUUUUGCGAAAAAAUUUGAACCAAAAUACCGCUUACAAAGAGUGAGUACAGCUUUCAGUUAAGGAAGUUUUUGGGACUUGUAUUGGUGAAAUGUACUUCCCUCAGGGCAGUUUAUUAGUUCACAUCCAUGAGUAAUGUUUAGAGAUCUCAUCACAUUCUCACUAAAUAUAGUUCUAAAAUGAUCACCUCGUAAAGUUAAAUUUUUAAUAGUAUGGAAUUUGUCAGGAUAUUUUGAAAGAACAACAUCUAAAAGGCCUACUUGCCGAAAACUAGCGUUUGGGGGAAAACUGUCUUUGAGAUAUUUUCCCACUUAUGCGCGGAUGACUCCAUACAAAUCCUUGUAAAUUUGUCUUUAUUCAUGACGUUAUGGACAGUUUAACUGGGCUAAAAUCUCAAAGACAAUUUGCCCUCUUGGAACUUGCAGAGAAUAAAAAAAAUUCAUUCCUAACAAAAAAAAAAUAGUGUCAGGCUAUUGGCAAAUUAGAUUACAUUUAUCAGAGGGUUGCAUUAUGCCGCAGAAAAGGUCUCUUCUGCAGCAAAUUAAGGCAUUUUUUUUGGGAAAAAUUCAUUAGUAUGUGCUGAUGUCAAUAAAGUAUAAAGGCAAUAUUAAAAUUUCAGUGCCUCCACAUGAUUUGUCCAAAGCUAAGUUGCCUUGAGAAAACAUUGUGGAGAUUUUGCAUUUUUUAAUCAUAAGAUUUAUGGAUGGUACCAUCAGAUGUGAUUUGAGAUCAAUGGACCCUGCAGACUUGCACAGUUGCAUGAUAUCAGAAGCCUUGAUGACUGCGUUAUCCUAACUCUUUUUUCUUUGUGACUUCACUAGCACGGUCUUUAUGAAAAGCCCAAGUCUUCACGGAAACAGAGAAAGGAAAAGAAGAACCGUAUGAAGAAAGUCCGGGGCACCAAGAAGUCUAAAGUGGGAGCAGGAAAGAAGGUCUGUGUCAAUGCUUAG